CUUAACCUCAAAAUAUUUUUUCAUAUUUUAAUCAUAACGGUAAAUAGUUAAAAAUUUAUUACUGAAAUUUUAUUUUAAAAAACGACUAUAGCUCCAUCUGCUCUAGUAUUUAUUUAUAUAUGUCGAAUUGCGCCUCUAUGUUCGUUUUUCUUUCAAUGCUUUAAACGAAAGAGAUUCAUUGUCACUUAAUUGUUUGCUGUGCUCAUGGAGAAUAGACUACAGUAGACCAAUAUAAUGUAAACACGGAAAAAAUUUUGGUGCACUGGUUGUAUUGGUUAGUUUAAAAAUUUUUGUACUUUAAAAACGGACAUCAGUUAUCCCGGUUUGGUGCAAUCUAUUUCCCCUACAGUGCGUCUGAUGUCCCUUACAGUGCUUCUGACACACCAAAUCAGGAUAACAGUUCUACUGUAGAUUGCGCAAUCUAAUUUAAAAAUCAUUCUCCAGGAUAAAAAUAUACGUAAAUUAAGGUUAUGUUAUUGAAAACACUGACAAAUAUUUCUUGACAUGCGUGAGAUGGUGGUAUCUGUGCAAAUCUUUCGCCAUCUAUGGGGAUUUAUGUAUGAAUCCCUACAGCAAAUGUUGCAUUUAUUUUUAUAUUAAUAAAAUUUAUAUAUAGAAACUGAUAUUUAUAAUAUGUUUAAAUAAUGAUAGAACUUUCUUGUUUUUUUGAUAGUACAAUAGAUCAAUAGUUUUUAUAUUAUGUUAGGUAGGUUAGUACAUGUCAUUUACUAAUAUCUCGUGAUUACAACAAAUUUCACCGAUUCAGACACAUUCUAGCGGGAAGUUGACAAAACAUGAACUUUCUACGAAAUAAUGCUUAUUUCCAAAUACAUUAGUUUGGUCUCCUGUAGUCUAUUCUCCAUGGUUGGGCUGUAUCUUUACGUCCACGUUUGCCAUCUAUUGUUCAACGCGUGAAUGACAGCUACCGCUGUCGGUAAUAUGUAUAUAUUAUGGUAACUACAAGUAUUUAGUGUAUACAGUAGUUUAGUUGCUCACAGUACACUGAGGAGUUGACAGUCUGUUUUAAAACACUGUUUACAAGUAAAAUGUCAGAAAAAAAUGAAAGCGUAUUAAAAAAAUCUGAAAAUCGCAAACGAAGCUUUUCUAUCAUGUCACUCCAUCAUCAUCAUCAUCAAAACGAUCAACCGCAGUCAUGUACGGAAAAGCAAGAAACUGAAGAAGAAAAAUUAAAUUCUCUUCGUAAUCAAUUUAUUAUCAAUAAUUUAGAGAAAUGUCAUGGGACUGAUGAUCGUGAUGGUACAAUUACAAUUAUUUAUAACAAUGAAGAAAAUAGCGACGAUAUCCAUGACGAGAAGGAUUUAAAUAUAGUAAAAGCUGUAGGCACAAUGACAAAUGAAAGUAGUGCUAUUUCUCAGCAACCCGAUCACAAAGUAUAUCAAUUGCGUGAAUUUAGUCUUAUUUACACAAUAAAAUGGUUAGGUACAUUCGAUGAGGAGAAUGAAAUAUUUACCAUAAAUCCGAAGAUAUUGGAAAAUUGUCAAAUUGUCGUGGACAAAUCAACUUUAGAAUUUGAGACAAUCUUUUUGCGGAUCUUUCAGCUAAUUAAUCCAUCGUUAUUGUGUGGAAUAAAGUUAGAUAAGAAUGUUAUUAUUGUACCGACAUUGUCAAUGAGAGCGAAAGGUUCAUUUAUCAGUUUUCACGAUGAGUUUGAAUACAUUUCCGGUGGACAAACAGUUCGUGAUUCUUUAAGUAAUUUUGUUUUUUUCGAUUAUGGUGGCACAUUUACAAAAUCACAGUGUCCAGGCAAGAAUGGAGUAUGGUCUAAUUACAAACGCAGCGAAGAUGGUCGCAUGGAAAUUUGGCCGACAAUAGAAAUAAUUGCUGCGUGUGUUCAGCUAAUUUAAGUGAACUAUUUUCUAAAUAAAGUUAUAAAAUAAUAAUAAAGAAAUAUAUCAUAAUUAUAAAAUUAUCAUUAUCAUGUAAUAUGCUUUAAUAAAAAUGUUUCAAAGUUAAA